AAAGAUGGAUGGUUACCACAUCAUUCUGCUCCUCUUUUGUUGCACUUUAGGGGCAGUUUGGCAAGUGCAGGGCGAUUGUCGUAUAGCUCAGUAUAUGGUGGAGCAAACGAAUCGCAUAUUCACCUAUUGCGAUGCCAGUGGUUCCAUCCAAUUGCAGCGCAAGGAAACCGUACCAAAUGGUGUCACCCUAUUCAUGUAUUGCAAUCCCUCGGAUAUGGUGGAGACGCAGUGUCUGGACAACGGGAAAUUCUCCAAUCCCCUGCCCAUGAGAUGCGGCAAUCCGAUGCAACCAAUGUUGAUGCAAAUCCGGGGUAAUGAUUGUCCCGGAACCUUAUAUUCCGUUGGCUAUGAGAUUAAGGGACGGAACUUGGAACUUUAUCGAACCUGUUUCGAUGGACGACUUGGACAGGUUUUAUACUCGCAGAGCGAUGUCUACUACAAGAGCUUCUUUCCGAAAAGACCUUUCGUGGAAUUUGUGGCUGAUCAAAUGUUCAGUCCCCUCGAGGCAUCAGCGUACCUAAAGUCCAACAUUUACUUUGCCUUCAACUGCAUCUAUGGCAAUGCCCAGACCUACUUGCUAAAUGUUAGAUCUCUGGUCAUUAAUCGAGGUCAUUUGGUGGCUUCGGCGGACUUCCUGUUUGUUGAUCAAAUGAGCAGUACCUUUCGCUACCUGAAUGUGGUGCCGCAGUUCAAGUCGAUUAACGAUGGCAACUGGGAGAAGAUCGAGCGCUGGGUGCGCAGUCAGGUGCCCCCAUCGAGCUAUUUCCGUGUCAAGUCCGGUGGAAUCGGCAUCCUGGAGUUACCAGAUGCUAAUGGUGACUAUAAGGCUGCUUUCCUGGCCGGCUCUAAGAUCCCAGUGCCGGAGUGGACUUAUAAGGUGGUGCGUGAUGACCAGGGGAAUGGACUUUAUGUCUUUCUCACCUACAAUAAUACUUUUAAAAGCGAGAAACCGAAAUGCCCGAAUAUUUGCAGACAAGUUUCCUGCCCCUUGAGUCUUGCGAAUAAUGCCUAUAAUGGAUACACCUUCUGCUGCGAUCCCAAUAAUUUUCCGUUCUAAAAAAAAUGGGGGGAUGUCCUUUAUGCAUAUUUUAGGAAGGACUCUUUGCCCAACUGCCUGCGUAAUAAUCCCCGUUUGAAUAAUUUA